UGACAUAAAUGGUUAUCUUAUGGACUGAUCAAGUUUUAGCUCAGUUGCAUCCAUAAAGAAGCUGGGCUAAUUCUCAAAACAUCGGUCUUAAGCACCAAGCCUGUUCCACGGACUUUCUUCCUAAUUCCUUGAGCUUAACAACAGACCGAACAGAAAUUGAACAUGACAUUAAAAGAGUACGAAGUGAUCAUCCUCACAGUCUUGUACGCCAUCACAAUGCUCGUAGCAUUUGCAGGGAAUGGUUUCCUCAUCUACAUCGUGUGGAAGAAACCUGAAGUAAGAUCACUAACAAGCUUCAUGUUCGUCAACAUGGCCAUCGCCGAUUUGCUGGUGGCACUGAUUGUAAUGCCCUGGUCGAUUGCCCACAUCUAUACAGACGGAUUGUGGAAGAUACCAGGUGUAUUUGGAGAAGUCAUGUGCAAAGGUGUAGUAUACACUGGCUAUGCCACACUUACAGCGUCCAUCCUCUGCCUGACAUUCAUGGCGAUCGAUAGGUACUAUGCUAUUGUUCAUCCCCUCCGUCGCUAUCUUUGGUUCCGAAAGCCUAAACUGACUGUACCAUUUAUUUGGAUCUUUUCGCUGGCCUCGAUGUCCAUUUUUCCAGCUAUUCAAACCGUGAAGGAAAUUAAUGAACGUCCCGUGUGCUCGCUAUCUGUUAACAUUUUGGGCGAUCCACAGAAGGCUACGCGAGGCUUGUUCCUCUACUUAGUGGUGCUCAACUAUCUGAUACCUUUAGGUGUAAUUGCCUUUCUCUAUACUAUUACUGCAUGGAGGUUAUGGUUCCAUGUUGCACCUGGAAAUCACCAUAUGACGGGAAAUCGAGAGCAACAAGAAACGACCAAGAAGAGAGUGGUUCGAAUGCUCAUUAUUGUCACCUGUGCCUUUUCUCUUUGCUGGCUCCCAGCACACGUGGUCCACAUGAUUUAUGUCAUGAAUAGUUGGAAUAUUGAUGUUCAGCUUCAGAAGAUUGUCCAAAGCGGGUGUUUCUGGUUGGGCCACGCCAACAGCGCCAUCAACCCAUGGCUGUACAUUUUCCUUAGCAGCAAGAUCAGUACGGUAUUUAUAAAACUGGUGAGUAGAAAAAGCACCCAGUCACCUUCGAGUGUCAGCGUCAAAACAUCAAAUGCCCCUCUACAAUCCGAAGGAGAAGCUUUCCGGGAAGAAUCAAGACUGUAAUCUCAAUCAUUUAUUUAUUACUUAUUGGAUUGUCUUAAGAUAAAGGAAAUAUUGAAAAGGAUAUAUAAGUUUUAACUUGCAAGAUCAAUAGAAGUAAAUAAAAAAUCGAAGAGCUUGUUGUAGUAGAAGCAGGAGCUACACGUAGCAUGAUGUCAGAAGGUGAAUAAUAUAACUGAGAUUGUUAAAUGAGACUAUUCAAACAGUAUUAAUUAGAAGCGAGCUACCUGGCUGCUCCGAACUAUGUAACCUCGGCCUCUUUGCAUGCACUGAUAAGAGCACAGUAGAAAACCAUGAAUGUUUAGGGCAGAGUUGUAUGUGAGAAAGAAAUAACGUGCAUCGAGCAAGUUUUUGCAUAGUACCCGUUGAAACCGAAUUUAACUCUUUUCUUGGUUACCAUAGAUAGUGAUUGGUUGAUAGCGUUGAUGGGAAUCCUAAGAAAGAGACCUAGACAAUCGAACUACUUACACGGGUGGGUUUUAUCAAUUUAACACUAACUUGUAGAUGUAUUAGGACACAGGCCACAAAAACAUCAAAACAAAGGUUUCCUGAUCAGCUAAUAUCUGCUGAUAAAAUUAGAACAUGUGGUGAAUGAGGAUAUUCCAAAAGCGAUCAUUGCAACAAUUGAAUCCAGAGCCGAUUCAUAUCGUUAGUUUAGACGCGUGUGCAAGCUGAGUAUCUUGUUUUGGACUCCUGUGAAUAACUGUUGUUUUUUCAUGCUUCAGGUAGCGCUAAUGUAUCUUCAUGCAUUGUAUUUUCGCGAUCGUCAUUUUUCUCAUUUUUGUCUGUAUAACUGUCUUUAUAGGAGUGCCACGGCAGGCUUACGUUUGUAGUGAUGGAAAAUAAAGGAAAAUGAAU